AACUGAUUACAGCAUACACAACCAGUUAUAAAUAGUCUUUGGGAUUCAACACAAAAUUGGGCGAUGGAUGCCGUUGAGCGUCUCAUCGGUCGUCGCUGGGAUGGCGUUUCAUUCGGGACUUUCCUCAAGUUUGGACAUCUGGACCGACCCAUUCAACAGCACCUUCAGCGCGUCUACGCAACUCUAGCUGCUGCCCUGGCAAUAGCGGCGCUUGGCUGUGCACUCGAUAUCCAGUACCGGGUUGCGGGAUUCUUCUCGUACCUGACGGGUUUCGCAUGCCUAGUGGGGCUGGGCCUCACUCCCAGUUUGCCCAGUACACUGAACCGACGUUACGCCCUGCUAGCCGGCUUCAGCUUCACGCAGGGUGCCUCCCUCGGUCGCCUCGUGGACCUAGCCAUCGAAGUGGACUCCGCCCUCCUCCUCACCGCCUUCCUAGGCACCGCAGCCGUCUUCCUCUCCUUCACCCUCGCCGCGCUGCUCUCCGCGCGCCGCUCCCUGCUCUUCCUCGGCGGCUGGCUCUCAUCUGCCGUACUCGCCCUCGCUGCCGUACAGCUCGGCAGCUGGCUGACGGGCAGCGCCGGCGGCGUG